AUGGCUACUAUGGUGGCCUCGUCACCGGUCGUUGUGUCGAAAAAACCUUCGAUCAAAAAGUACAAGGCGCCGACGCCACCGAGUAAAUCAGACGUAGAUGAGAACUGUGAAAGUGACAAGGACAAAGAAAAUAAUGUGGUCGAGCGGGAAGAAAACGACAAUACGGAGAAUGAUUGUAUACAAACAAAACAAGAUGAAAGGCCGGCAUCUCAAGGCUCGCCGGCUGUUAGGAGAUUAGCGCCUAGGUUAAACGCCAAUGUGGACAGGAGUUCCGUGUUAUCUAAAGCGGCUAUGUUCGAGGCCGGCAGCCCCAGGUCGAAGGAGAAGGACCCCGCCGAAAUGUCGCUCCGUGAACGUAAAGCGUUGUUCGAAAAGAAUAAGGGUGCAGCGAUCGUUCCGAAGGCUCCCUUCGGCCUCGCACCCUCCGCUAGAACACUGCACGGAGACACGAAAGAUAAACCCGUUAAGCAAUCGCAAAAAACUCCGACUAAAUCUAAUACGCCAGACAAAAACUCUAGGUCUAACUCUAAAGAUAGCUUAGCUGAGGACAACGUAAGUCAAAGUUCUCUCGGUGGUGGGAUAAAAGGCAAGCUGGCGGCCCUUUUCAAUAAAGAGCAGACGAUAAGCGAGACGACAAUAACUAAUAAGUUCAAGAUGGAGAGAGAAAGAGAAAUGGAGAUGCUACAGAACAGAUUCCAUUACAAGCCUCAACCGCAAAAACCGGGAAACAAUGAUUCUGACGACGAUCAAAGCGAGCACGAAUCAGAAAAAGCUCCGCUGAUGGGAAGCACUUUAAGCUUAUCUCAGACAAACAAAAAGCCCGAGAUUAUUGCGAACGUACCAAAAGUUACGGCAAAAGCCGAACCAAAGGUGGAACAGGAAAUAGAACAUGACAAAGUUGUGGGAGCACAGCCUGUUAAGAGACGAAGUUCUCAAGACUCCCCGGUGGUAUUAUCUGUACUGGAUGACGUGAAGAGGAUAAAAGUAAAUAAUAAAAAAGAAAAUGGUGCAGUUGUCCAGCAACCGACGAAUUUGUAUCCACAUUUAUCUGACAUUGAGACUGACAACUCUAACACGCAAGAGGAAUAUUCGGACUGCGGUGGAUCAAGUGUCGAGGAUAUACCUAAGCUGAAUAAAUCUGAUAAUUGGGCUGAAACGUCGUUUGGAAGGGAGGUUAUGAAUGUUGUGAAGAAAAACAACACAAGUUACAAGAAGGCAGUUCAAAGUGACUCUGAAGAAUCAGGCAGCGCUUGUGAAAGCGAGUUAGACGAUUUACUGGACGAGGCUUUAGAGGAAGAGGGACCGACGCCGGCUAAAUUAAACAAGGUGAAUGAGAACAGCAGCCUAUCUUCAUCGAGUUUCGUGUAUCAGGACAAGGGUUUCAAGUCGCCGCUGAAGGGGCAAGUCACUCCGGCGAGGCACGACCGCGGGAACGAGCUAGUGCACAGCGUCAGUUUCUACAGGCGUAUGCAGACUUCGUCAACGCCCUCCACCCCGAUGCGUGUGAUCCGCCACGCGUCCCCCGAGCGGGAAGCGCCCGCCAGCCCGGAGCCGGUCGCCAGCGUCACCACUGUGAGGCAGAGGAUCAAGGAUCUGCAGAACGAGAUCUCCAAGCAGCAGACUGUUAUAUCACAGGCCAGUCAAGCUCUUAACCUAUGCGCUGCCACCAUCGAGUUCAGUGGGUCGACCGAGCAAGCGGAGGGCGAAAGGCUUCUUCUUUUGGCAACACACCGCCGGCAAGCCUGCCUGCACGAGGUCCAGCGGCUGCAGGUGGAGGGCGCGGGCCCGGCCGCCGCCGCCGGCCUGGCCUCGCUGCACGUGCGCCAGCUGCGCCUGCCGCUCCGGAGGGACUACGUCCGGCAGCUGCACGCUGAUGGUGCUGUGGGACACCAUGCCGUUUGCCUUCUGAAGUGUCGCGACCGAGUCCUGGCAACGAGUAUGCAGUUGACGAAACCAAAUGCUCCUUUACUUUUUCCUGAUGAAAUACGGAUGGAUGGACUGACUAGUGACUUUAAGGUUACCGUUGAAAUAUAUCUACUCCAAGCAUCCAAGGAAAUUCUGCCACAUGAUGUGAAAUAUCAUAUAACAAACAAAAAAGGCAACUCCAAACUGUUAACACCCAAGUCCAAAGUGUCAGAAUUAAAGGCUCCCCGAGUACAAAGUCCAGCGGGACCAAUGUCAGUCAGAAGUCCACAGUUUCAGUUGCACGGGUAUUGCAUAUUCGCACUACCACAGGCUACGCGAAAGAGUUUUACACUCAACAAGGUCCCACACGGAAGUCCACUGGAGGGGUCCCUGAGCGUGGACAUCAGCGCUCGCGUGGUGGUGCCGGCGCCGGAGCCGCACGCCGCCUUCCUCACGGCCUUCGACGACGUGAGCGGGCUGGGCGCCUGGCACCGGCGCUGGUUCCGGCUGCAGGCGCCGCGCCUCGCCUACUGGAAGUACCCGGACGACGUCGCCAGGAAGAUGCCAAUCGGUGACAUCGACCUGUCAACGGUCAUCUCUGAAAAAGUCAUUAGAGCACCAAGAGAUCUCUGUGCUCGACCGAACACAAUACUCUUCGAGUCCUCGGUACCAGCAGGCCUUAUUGUCCCAGACAGUGGUUCUCUGGUGUACGUCCACUGUCCUGAUGGUUCAAUUAGAAGAAGACACCUCCUUGCUGCAGACACUCCAAAAGAUCGGGAUAUGUGGCUCGACAAGCUGAACAGUGCGUUGGAGUAUGUUCGUUGUUCCGCCACGGAUGAUGAGUGA